CACCCCAUUUCAUCUUUUUUUAUUGGGAGUUGGGACUCUAAAAAACACUUCAUUCCCCAAUCCAAUCGUCGAAAGAUGCCAUUUUGGAGAUGGGUUUUCAACGUUUUCGUCGUGACAUCAGUCGCAGAGCUCCACUCGAUCAGCUGCACCGCCAGUUUUUCGUCUGAUCAGCAGCAGUUGGACCGAGUGUUGAAGCUUCCCGGCCAGAAUUUCGACGUGAGCUUCGCGCACUACGCCGGCUACAUCACUGUCAACGAAGAAUCUGGGAGAGACCUCUUAUAUUGGUUCUUUGAGGCCGAGGAGGACCCUUCUUCCAAACCUAUUGUUCUCUGGCUCAAUGGAGGGCCUGGUUGUUCAUCAAUUGCCUAUGGGCUGGCUGAGGAAAUUGGACCAUUGCAUAUUGAGAAGGAUGGGAAAACCCUUUAUUUGAAUCGUUAUUCUUGGAACAAAGUUGCAAAUAUAUUGUUCGUGGACUCUCCUGUCGGAGUUGGUUUUUCGUAUUCAAACUCUUACUCUGAUUUACUGAGCAAUGGUGAUAAAAGAACCGCUGCUGAUAACCUUAAAUUUAUCGAGAAAUGGUUAGAACGAUUUCCACAAUUCAAAGGAACAGACUUGUAUCUCACAGGAGAGAGCUAUGCCGGGCAUUAUGUUCCUCAACUCGCUCAUGCCAUUGUCAAAUACAAUGAGAAAAAUGGAGAAGAAACUAUCAAUCUUAAGGGUUUCAUGGUUGGAAAUGCUCUAACAGACGACUUUCAUGACCAUUUCGGGGUGUUUCAAUUCAUGUGGUCCGUUGGCAUGAUCUCAGAUCAGACCUACAAGCAGUUGAACGCUAAGUGUGACUUUGAUUCAUUUGUUCACACCUCAGAGGAAUGCGUGGAAGUCCUCGUGAUCGCUGAUCAAGAAAUAGGGGACAUUGAUAUGUACAGCAUCUAUACUCCUCCCUGCACUGCCAAUUUCAGCAGAUUAAGCCAUAUUUGGAGAAGCAAGACUGUUUACAAGGUUGGUCUUCUCAGAAGAUCAUACGAUCCAUGCACAGAGAUGCAUUCGGUUCAAUAUUUCAAUCUCCCCGAGGUUCAAGAUGCUCUUCAUGUCCGUAGCAGAAACUCCCGUUGGGAGACUUGCAGUGGCUUGGUGAAUCAAAACUGGCAGGAUUCGCCUCAAUCGGUUCUGGAUGUCUACAGUGAGCUCUUGAAUUCUGGACUUCGUAUCUGGAUGUUCAGUGGUGACACGGAUGCUGUGAUUCCGGUGACUUCGACCCGAUACAACAUAAAUGCGAUGAAGCUUCAGACGGUUAGGCCUUGGCGCGCUUGGUACGAUGAUGGCCAGGUAGGCGGAUGGACAGAAGAAUACGAGGGGCUGACAUUCGUGACAGUGAGAGGAGCCGGCCAUGAAGUUCCCCUGCAUAAGCCGAAGCAAGCUCUGACGCUCAUCAAGUCAUUCCUAUCAGGGAAGUCCAUGCCAGAAAUGGAACUGUUGAGUGAUUCGUAGCCUCCCUUGUGAGAUGAUGAUGCAGAUGAUCUUGCUGUGUUUGAAACAUCAUUUCUGCAAUAAAUGGCUAAUAAUUCUAGUGCCAUUAAUCAAAGUUCUCUUUACAGUUUU